AGAAAUAUACAGGCCACCGCCUAAACCUACCAAAAUGAAGUUCAUCUCCUUCUCCAUCUUUCUCGUCAUUGUCCUCUCCUCCUCCCUCGCCAAUGCCGCCACCUUCACCAUCCGCAACAACUGCCCCUACACCGUCUGGGCCGCCGCCUCCCCAGGUGGCGGCCGCCAGCUCAACAGCGGCGAAAUCUGGACCUUAAACAUUGCCGCGGGCACAGCCGGCGCCAGAAUAUGGCCGAGGACGGGAUGCUCCUUCAACGGAGGCGGUCAAGGGCGGUGCCAGACCGGUGACUGCAACGGGCAGCUGGUGUGCAGCGGGUACGGGUCGCCGCCCAACACGCUAGCAGAGUACGCGCUGAACCAGUUCAACAACCUGGACUUCUUCGACAUCUCCCUGGUCGACGGAUUCAACGUGCCCAUGGAGUUCAGCCCCAACUCCGGCGGGUGCAGCCGCGGCAUCCGGUGCACGGCCGAUAUAAACGGGCAGUGCCCGAGCCAGCUGCGGACGCAGGGAGGGUGCAACAACCCAUGCACGGUGUACAAGACGAACGAGUACUGCUGCAACACAGGGCCGUGCGGGCCCACCGACCUCUCGAGGUUCUUCAAGCAGAGGUGCCCGGAUGCCUACAGCUACCCCAAGGACGAUGCUUCUAGCACUUUCACUUGCCCGGGCGGGACCAACUAUAGGGUCGUCUUCUGCCCCUGAUUCUAUGUAUCAUCUACGUACGUGUUUGAUGAAGUAUUCUCUUCAUCCUUCAUGCAUACAUAAUAAGUUUCCUCGGGGAAUUAACAAAUUAAUAAAUUAAACAUGCCAUCAGAGCAUCA